AUGUAUUCAGGAAAUAUAAAUGAUCACAACAGUAAAAAUACGAUUCACUAUAAAAAUUUAAUAAUAGAAAACCCAAAUUUAUUCGAAUCUGAUAUUGAUUCUGACGACGACAUUAAAAAUGGAAGCGUGAUCAAAGCGUUUGUUAACAUAUGUGAACACCUCAUUGAAAAAAAAGACGAGGGUGUUAUAUCGCCUAUGUCGUGUCUAUCAAUGGCCUAA